GGACUAGGCCAAGAAAGUAUGGCGGCUACCGAGGCUGCGAUGGCGUCGUCGUCUUUGUCUUUGGAAAAAGACCCAGCUCCAGUCCUUGAAAGUUCAGGCACGGCUGCAGCAACAGCUGCCACCAAGCCUGCGACGGUGGCUGCAGCCGCGACGGCUGCGGCAGCGCCUGCGACUGAAGCCGCUGCGGGAUCGGACGCCGGUGACGCCAAGUCUGAUAUGGCUAAUAAGCUGCUGUCCCUGAAUGGCGUGUUCGCCGUGCACAAGCCCAAAGGGCCCACUUCAGCCGAGCUGCUGAAUCGGCUAAAGGAAAAGCUGCUGGCAGAAGCUGGAAUGCCGCUUCCAAAAUGCAACAAGAGGAAAAAGCAGACAUUCAAAAUUGGACACGGAGGAACCCUAGACAGUGCAGCCAAAGGAGUUUUGGUGGUUGGAGUUGGAAGGGGCACAAAAAUGUUGACCAAUAUGCUAUCAGGGACCAAGAGGUAUAUAGCCAUCGGAGAACUUGGGAAGGCCACUGAUACUCUGGACUCUACCGGGAAAGUCACAGAAGAAAAGCCUUAUGAUAAAAUAACCCAAGAAGAUAUUGAAGGCAUUCUUGAGAAAUUUACUGGGAAUAUAAUGCAAGUACCCCCUCUGUAUUCUGCCCUCAAGAAAGAUGGACAGAGACUGUCAACUCUGAUGAAGAGAGGGGAAGCAGUGGAAGCCAAACCUGCCAGACCAGUCACUGUCUACAGCAUCUCCCUCCAGAGGUUCCAGCCGCCGCUUUUCACACUCGAUGUUGAAUGUGGCGGAGGUUUUUAUAUCAGAAGCUUGGUCAGUGACAUUGGCAAAGAACUCUCCUCCUGUGCCAACGUGCUCGAGCUGACCCGAACCAAACAGGGACCGUUCACGCUGGAUGACCACGCGCUUCCCGAGGAGAAGUGGACCAUCGACGACAUUGCACGGGCUCUGGAGCUCUGUGCAGCUCUUCUCCCUGCAGAAACGGGACUUAAAAAACCCAAACCAGACGAGUCCAAAGAACAGCCUCUGAGCUGUGAAUCUAUAUCAUUAAGUGAGGUUAAGGCAGAAGGUGAUGCAAUUCAGGCAAGUUAAGAUUGGCCUGGCUUCACACCCCCCUUCCCCCUCCCAGCAUGAGGAAAAAUAUCCAUCACUUAUAGUUUCGGUAGGGUACUGUUCAUCUGCUAGACAUUAUAAAUGGCUUUACAGUCGUUCAGUUCUUUGUUGUAAAGUGGAAUGUUCUUUUAGAUGUUUUCAUGUUGUUUCUGAAUUUGACCUCUCUUCAAAAGCCUUUUCCUGUGAAGAAUUGAAUACUGUUGUCUACUCAGACCAAAAAGAAAUCCGGAGCUGAGUGUGACGCUGGUUUCACAAAACUGAAUGUGAUUGAGUGUUCUUUUGGCUUCCUGGUGACUCCAUAUUGUAUUGACUUUUUUUUUUUUUUAACUCCAAUUUGGCUAUCAUUUAACGGUUUGUGUUAGCUUAUUUUUUAUUAAGCACAUUUCUUUGGCAAGACAGCACUCAUCUAGUCAGUCAUAAGUGUGUUUGUUUAAAUCUUGAAAACAAAUUUUUAUAAUAAAUAUUUGUAAGUGAACCAAAUGAUUACUGCUACCACUAGCAGGAAGUAAGCCAGAGAGUAAAUGCUUGAUUAAAGCCCGCUCCUUUCUACCAGGGGGCAGAGGGCAGCUCCAGGGCUUAUAUUUUGGCAGCUAUGAGAACGUCUUCUGGGAACUUCAACACUUUUUACCGAGUUACUAACUAGCAUAAUAUUUUAAAUUCAAGGCACGAGUCUUCAGUUAGAAAUUGGUUUCUCUAGUCUUUCACAUUUCUCUCCAUCUCUUUAUGGGCUCUUUUGAGGGGGUAUUUAUAGACUGAGAUCACUGCCCUGCCUGCAUUUCCGGGCACUCUUUCCUCUCACUACGGAGUAGCAGUUGUUCUCCAGUGUUUCCCUGCAGAUGACCAUCGGUGUUCCCUGGCUCUCUGGGCCCUAAUUCUGAAAGCGUACUUGGAUAACAUCAUGGUAAGUUCCAUAUAUAAUUAACUCUCACAGUUUUGUCAGAGGAAAGUACGAUACAGUUAGCCUGUGGGAAGUUCAGAUCCCUCCUUAUUCAGAUACACUUCCAAAUGGAAAAGUCAUUAAACCUCUUGAAAGAGGAGCUUUGUAUUUUUAUGGAUUGACUUUCUUUUAAAGGUGGAUGCCUACUGGCCACAUCUAACUCAAAAAAAUCUUAACUAUGUAGACAAAGGGUUUAGUUUGUGCCUGAGUUUAUAUUAUUAUGAACUCAUAUAGGAAAAAGCUAUAUGCGUCAUAAGAACAUUUUUAGCAUAUUAGCAACAUGUUAAGUGAAAACCUUAGAACUCAUUCUGACAGAAUUAUAAGGAGUUUGAUUUUGUGAUACAGCAACCUACAAUACCAAACGCAAGGCCGUUUAGUUGGAAGUUUGCAGUUUUAUUCAGAUGUCAGUACUGUGGUUUAUGUCCACGAGAGAUGCCCAUGGAGGCAUUCUCCCUUCUGAGAAUGGCAUGGGUUACAUUUCAUAUUGCUGGCUAAGGCCACAUAGAGGAGCAUUGGGACUUUAGAAAAUCGCUGUGGUAUUUCUGUUGUCUUUCUCAACUUAAAACCCAACAGGUGUAAUACAUUGAAGGAGAAGAGUAGAUGUUUCUUGAAAAGACAAGUGUCUUUCUUUAUAAAAUGGUAACCAUUUUUUUUUUAAUCGAAAGUGUUGGGGACAUUUUUGCCAAAAGACAAAAUGAGCCAUAAUCUUCACUUUUCCAAUGUGAUGCAUUCGGAAUUUUAAUUUUGUACUAUGCCCUUUUUUAUCCACAUGGUUUCACUCUUAUGGCACCUGCAAUUUUUGACUAAUUUUUUUUUUCAUUUGGUUAAUCCAACUAUUUAUACUUUUGAGAAUGAUGAUUUGAAUCAUAUCCUCACAACAUUUACAGUCGAAGCCAUUUCCCUGUUGCCGAAUACAUAAGCAAGUGGCUUCAGUUUUUUUGGAAUAAAUUCAAGGGGGUGGGAUUUUUAAGUGAACAAUUUGGAGGUUCUGUUCUGUUUGCCUUAUUUUUCCAAGAAUUGUACUACUUUAGUGUCACUAUAUGAAUUGUACCAGUUUCACUGCAAGUUUGUUUAGGUGGGGGUUUUAAAUACUCUUGGCUAAUUUAGCAACUUCUAACCUGCUUUUCUUUGACUUCUAGAAAGCAUAUGCAUCUUUCCUUAUUUUAAUUCACAAUUAGUGUUUGCUUUUGUGUGACUUGUCUGUGUGUACUUUUGCUCAUUUAUAUUAACAAUUGUCUUAGUUUCUUUAUACAUUUGAAUGAGCUCUUUAUUCAGUAAAUACUUGAUAGUAUUUUUCAUAGCCAGUUGUCUGGGGUUUUUUUUGUUUUAUUUUCAUUUUGUUAACAAAAUUUGCUAAUUUUUAUAAUUCUCCUCUUUAUAGUUGUCAGAUUUGAGUUUGAAUAAAGUUUAUUGAAAUGUAAAUAUAUUAUUCUUAAUUCUCAUAAGAUGCUGAAACUGACCAAGAUGCUUUGGAUAGUUGAACAAUCAUCUGUAAAAUAUUUCUUUCUUCCUGAGUCUGGCAUUUAAGUUCCAACUUCUAUCCUUUCCCCAUCCCACUUGGUUUAAUCCAAAUGGAAAAAUAUCUGUGCCUUCUGUUUCUAGGUUUAGAUCUUCAUGACAUAAUAAAGUCUGACUUCUAAAAAUA